CGAGAGAAAGCCGGAACCUUGUAAUCAUUCAUCCCGAAGGAACGCUUGUCGGGUUAAAGGAAACAGUUCUCCCUCUGUCUGAACACGGAAGCAACAGUUGUGCUUCUGUGCUUUGAUCUUUGAAGCUGAACUUGAACCGAGACCUGCCAUCUGUGACCCAUAAACCCAGUUUGGGCGCGGUGAGGGGGGUAUGUAGCAAGUGUUAUGUACUGGUGAGGGAAAGGCUGGCGUCUUGCGUGCGCGCCGACGGGUCUUUCCUGGAGUCAUUUUCAGAGCUGGAUGCGAUACGGUAGCUCGUUUCACUUUUUGUUCUGUCGUUUUUGCUCUGGAGGCGCAGGGACUUCAGUCCGUUCGACUGCUUUGGGAAAAUGAAGCCGCUGUAUCUGACCGUCCUGUUGCUGGUACUGCAGAGUACAAAAAGGGCCCACCUAACAACUUCAACAGCUUCUGAACGUGAUUCCUCGAUUGCCUACACCUACAGUUCAUCUCAUUUCAUUUUGAGGCGGUUGAAAAGGCAGAGUGGCUGUCGGCCUGAUCAGUAUCCGUUAGAUUCAGGGAAGUGUUGCAAAAAGUGUGAGCCAGGGACCCAUUUGCGGGAACGCUGCAACAAUACUUAUGACACUCAAUGCGUUCCAUGUGAAGGUCAGGGAUAUAUAGAUUCUGUAAACUUGUUGGAUUCCUGUUUCCGAUGUCAGCCGUGCCAGGAAGGAAAAGGUCAAGAAGUAGAAACCAAUUGUACGAAAACCAGCAACACAAAGUGUCGUUGCAUGAGCAACCACUUCUGCAAGACUCCUGAAAAAUGUGAGAUGUGUCUUCCUUGCAAACAAUGCGACACUACAACUGAAGUGGUUGUACAGAGUUGUACAAAAACCAAUGACACAGUCUGCAAAGCAAAAGGAAAAGGAAGCCACCCAGGGCUGUUUGCUUUGGUACUAAUACCAAUAGUAGUGAUUGCAGUUCUACUAUACUGGAAAAUAAAAGGCCUACCAUGUAAGAGAAAGAAAAAGAGUGUUGAUAAUAAGGAAUUUCCACCAUUCAUUGAGAGCAAUAACCCUAAACCGGAGGCCACAAACUUAUCAAUCACCCCUGCUGUGGGCACUUUCUGGAGGUCCGAGAUCCAUAUGCUCCACGACCGCUGGACUAAAUGUGAAAAUGAACCAGUUGUACCAGACAUUGACCUUACAGAGGAGAUUCUGCAGCGCAUUGCAGGAGAGAUUGAACCAAAAUCCUACCACCAGCUUGGGAUACGUUUAGGUCUGGGUGAAACUAAAUUGCAACAACUUGAAACUGAUUACAGAGAUAAUAUAAUGCGGCAGGGAUAUUAUGUCCUGUAUUCCUGGCUCCAAAGUCAUGGGAAGAAAGGAGCUUUCCCUAAACUGAUAGAUGCACUCAGAAAGGAAGGUUCUAGUUACACAGCUGAUAAAAUUAUGGAAGCAUUGAAAAAUAGAGAAGAAAAUGAUGUAACUGAGCUUGAGUGAAACUGGCCAAGAAAUUGAGCUUGUGUAUAUAUCUUUGAUACUUUCUUUCUUGGGUGGCUCUACCAAAAUGCCUGCAUUGUUCAGGGACUCCAAGGUGUCAUUACAAGUUUUGACUAUGCUCUGAAUUCAGCAAAAGCUUCAUGGGUACAAUAAGAUAAAGUCAAAUUUAAAAUAAAUUCAAAUUUCAGCAAAGAAUGACCAAAAAUUUAAGAAGAUGAACGAAGGAAUCAAUUGUCUAGAAUUAAAACUCUGAAGUAGAGGUCACUCAGUAUGAUGGUUAUUAAUUGUUAUUUCACCCAAUGGAAAAACUGGAGAAGUAGAUUUUUGUGGUCAUCAUCUAAUCUUAGGUUGAUGAACGAAAGUGUAAUAUAGAGGAAUUCUCUCAUUUUAAGCUCUGUCUCCUUUGUGUACAAUGGGUUUCUGAGGUCCGGUAGCUCGAAGAGACCUUUUAAGAUAGGAAUGUAUAUAUUUUUUAUGUUAUGCCUUGUAUCAGUUGAUUCUAGGACAUCAUUGGCGUAACACCUAGUGUUAAGAAAAGUCAAUAAAAACUUGAUGUUGAGAGGUUGCUAGUGGUAUCAUAAACCAGAAUUGCUUCACUAGGGAGCCAGAUAUUUAACUUUUUAUGUAGGCUAAAUAUGGCAGAUUCUCUAGGGCCACUCUGAUGCAUUGUGGCUGAUUGGAUCCAAUUCUAUCGUGAUGAGAGGCCUGCAAUCUCCGUCUUUACUCCUUGCUUCUCACUUUGAAUGUAAUUGACCUAAUUCUCUGGAACUGUGCCAAAAGAAAAAUUCUUCAAAAUUUAUAUGUUGAAGAAGGCAUCUUUUUCCCACCUUAUGGAAUGUUUACAUAUCUAUAUGUUGUUUAUAUUAUUAACUUUGUAUGGAUUAGGGUGACUCUUGCAGGUUUUGAGCACAUUUUGGAAUAUGAUGGUCCUUCAAUAACUUUAAAGUUAAGGAAACAAUGGUUGCAUUUUGUAGCAACGAGAAAUCUAUUUUGUCCACUGAAUCUCAAAUCAUGUUCAUCAAAUAUGUGUGCCCAAGAGUUAAAUUGGUGUCACUGUGUGACAUAAAUCUUGUGCUAUUCAGCAAUAAAUGAGGAAGUGCAUUGGGCCAAAUAUUCAGUGAUAUAGUGCUCAUGAACCCAAUGUAAUGAUUAGCAACUCUAGACUUUUCAGUAAUGCAUGUUUGGAUUGAGUUAGAAGUCUUUAAUGAUUUGGCAGAAACGGGAGAGAGAAGAAAUGGGGCCCAUUAUGCUGCCCUGUCUUUUUUUUUCUACAUGCUUAACUAUGUGAGUAGACUUCAUGAACAUAUUAUGUCCUGCUCAAUAUUUCUUUAGCAUUCAGUCAAGUAAAUAUAGGGUCAAAUAUCUGUAAAUAAAAACUGAAUUCUAGAAACAAUGUGAAUGCUCAUAAUUAAUUUUGUACAUCCUCAUGCAUUGCACUGAAGUCUGCCUGUGGGUUUAUUUGUACAAUAGGGAGAAUAUAACAAAAGGGUUUAAAAACUUGAUUCUCUCUUUAUUCUUCUGUGAUGUAUCAAUACCAUAAAAUUUAUGUUCUUUUUUUGUGAAUAUCCUUGGGUUAGAUCUGUGAAAAAAGUGAACUAGCAUUGAUUUUAUUUGUUAGAUCAACACAAGAAGGAUCUUCCACAUUGUAUGACUGGAAGCUGUAAGCGCUUGUGUGCACAGUGACAAUUUAUUACUGAGAUGAGAUUACAAUAGGUUACAGCUAUAUAAUGAACAAAAUGGUGCAUAAGAACAAUUUUCCUGGCCCAAUGGGAUUUUGAAACAUUUAUUUUUAAACAUAUAUUCAAUUGAGAAUCUAUUUUGUCCACUGGUUAAUUAAUUAGAACAAUUUGCCAAUUUUAUUACAUUUUUGUGAACAAUGGAGAAAUAAAAACAAUGGUGAAAUCAAACGUAUUCUGCAGUAUUGUGAGUCUUUACAUAAUUAGGGAUAUGGCUCAUAAGAUUAUUUAAUUUGAUCAUGGCUAAUCAAAAAUAUUUUUAUCAAUAACCAUCAAUAUUAGGAUACAACAAUUUCACAAAUGCAAGUUUUGGAAUUACUUUUGUAAAAAAAUUUUCAAAUCUUCAUUAUAAUUCAUUUUGAGAGACCCUUUCCUGACAUCAUCACUAAAUUAUCUGGCUCUGAAACACAUGUCGGAAAUAUCCAGCAGAGUAAUCAAAAACAGAAUCACUGGGAUAUGCCGGGAAAUUUGUUGUUUUGCAGUAGUAGUACAUUGUAAUACAUCAUUUUAAAAAUCUAUAAAUCACAAUAAGAGAUAUAGUCCCUAUUCUGCAAAAGUCUUAGGCACACUUGUAUAGCACAGCACUAUAGCAAUUUUAGGUAUUACACUGAGAAGGGAUUCAUAGUUGGGAUUCGUAGAGGGGAGGGAGCGGGAAGUAUGAGAGACAUUCUGUAAUGAUCAAUAAACUAACUGUUUGGAAUCAAAUAGCCUUGCGUUGUGUCUCAGGGCUGGUUGUAUCUGUAUCUGUGCCACCCUUGCCCUGGCACUCUUUCUCUGUCACCUACCUCCCACCUCUCCUGCAGCACACCACACUCACCAUUCCCAACUUCCUUUACUCUCACAGGAUUUACAAACUCGUUCUCUGCUCCUGUACUGUGCUAAAGUCUCUCUCUCUCUCUCUCUCUCGCUCUCGCUCUCUCUCAUAAUGUCUAAGACUUUUGCUCAGUACUGUAGUGCAAAAAGAGAAACAUAUUGAAAUACUGUUCCUGGGUUCAUUGCCCAUUCAGACAUCUGAUGACAGAGGGGAAGAAGUUGUUCCUGAAAUAUUGAGUGUGUGUGUUUGUACCUCCACAUUGGUGGUAGCAAUGAGAAGAGAGCAUGUGCAGGGGACCCUUAGUCUUGGGUGCUGGCUUUUGAGAACCCGCCUUUUGAAGAUGCUAGGGAGGCUUGUGCCUGUGAUGGAGCUGGCUGAGUUUACAACUUUUUGCAGCGAUCCUGUGCAGAAGUCCCUCCAUUCCUGUCUGUGCUGCAACCAGUUAGAAUGCUCUCUACGGUACAUCUGCACAUGGUAUGUGGUUCUCCACAGGAAAUCUGAUCUGCUGAGUUUUCCUAUAUCUGAUCAAUU